AUGCUGCUACUGCUUUUUCAAGCCCUUUUUAGCAAGAGUGUAUCCGCCGUCAACAAUGGAUUAGCCCAAACUCCUCAGAUGGGGUGGAACAAUUGGAACUCAUUGGGCUGUGACGUCUCGCAGGAUCUCUUGCUCGAUACUUCCCGAGUCCUCCUCUCAAGCGGCCUGAAGGACGUGGGCUACAACUAUGUCGUCCUCGACGACUGCUGGUCCGACGGCCGUGAUAAUGAUGGGUAUCUACGACCGGAUGCCACCAAAUUUCCCAGAGGCAUGAAAUGGGUCGCUGACAAACUCCAUGACAUGGGCUUUCUUUUUGGCAUGUACUCCAGUGCCGGCGAGUUGACCUGCGCCAGAUAUGAAGGCUCGCUCGACCAUGAAGAGAAAGACGCCGAGAUUUGGGCUGCAUGGGACGUCGACUAUCUGAAGUACGACAAUUGUUAUCACAUGGGCCGCUUCGGUUAUCCCGAGAUCUCGUUCAAUCGCUACAACAACAUGGCAAAGGCUCUCAACGCGACUGGUCGCCCUAUUCUAUACUCACUCUGCUCUUGGGGGGAAGACUAUGUACACACCUGGGGAAUGUCCAUCGCCAAUUCCUGGCGGGUCUCUGGCGACAUCUAUGAUCACUUCAACCGACCAGAUGCUUUGUGUGCCUGCGAUGAUCCCCGUGACCCCCAUUGUGUUGCACCGGGCACGCAUUGCUCAGUGAUGAACAUUAUCAACAAAGUGGCCCCUUACGUCGAUCGUGGACAGUUCGGCGGAUGGAACGACUUGGACAUGCUUGAGGUAGGGCAGGGCGGAAUGGAUGAUGAGGAGUACAAGGCACACUUCUCCAUGUGGGCAGCUUUAAAGUCCCCUCUGCUUAUCGGAGCCGACAUUCGCAGAUUGUCUUCGAAGACCCUUACCAUCCUUAACAAUCCGGCUGUGAUUGCUGUAAACCAAGAUCCUCUCGGCCGAUCCGUGGCUCAAAUCUACCGCGACCAACAUGUCAAGAAGGACAAGUACGGGCAAGGAGAAACACAAAUCUGGAGUGGCCCGCUUUGGCGUCACGACCAGUUAGUCAUCUUCCUCAACGCAGCGGACGAGGACCUUGAGAUGACGACUACCCUCAACGACGUGUUCAUACACGAAGGCCCGGAGGGUUCGGCACCUCAAACCAGGGAUGAAUUCGACGUAUAUGACUUGUGGGCGGAUCGUAUGGAACACCACACGGCAGAGCAAGUUUUGGCGGGAAAUCAUCAGUACAAGAACUCGUGGUACAACUCAACUCAGACGCCGUACAAGGAAGGCCUGGCCAAAGCCGAUCCGCGACUCUUGGGCAAGCGCGUUGGCAGCGUCGGACCAAAGCACAAUGUCCUGCGUGCGAAUGUCCCUCGCCACGGUGUUCGCAUGUUCAGAUUGCGCAAUUUGACCGGUGGCUCGCCACGGUAUGCGAUGACAAAGGACGAGCUCUGA